UAACGCUGUGCUACACUGGAGACCCUCAGCUGGAGAAGGAUGCAUAGGGUGGCUUCCAAAAGUAGGGUGCAAGAACCUCAGCACCUAUUGCACCCCUCCACAGCCUUCCUGGCCAUUCCCAGCGAGGGCCUCCCUGCAGCCAACGCUCCUGGGUGGGCAUGUGAGGGGCCAGGAGCCAGUGGCAAGAACCGCCGCGUGUGCCAUGCCAUGGCACGGCUGGAGAUGGGCAACCUCUGGGAGGAAUUCAACCGUCUGGGCACCGAGAUGAUCGUCACCAAGGCAGGCAGGAGGAUGUUCCCCACCUUCCAGGUGAAGCUGUCAGGGUUGGACCCGUUGGCCGACUACGUUCUGCUGAUGGACUUCGUGCCAUUGGAUGACAAGAGAUACCGGUACGCCUUCCACAGCUCGUCCUGGUUGGUGGCUGGCCGUGCUGACCCAGCAGCUCCUGGCCGUGUCCACUUCCACCCUGACUCACCAGCCAAGGGUGCGCAGUGGAUGCGGCAGAUCGUCUCCUUUGACAAGCUCAAGCUCACCAACAACCUCCUGGAUGACAAUGGCCACAUCAUCCUCAACUCCAUGCACCGCUACCAGCCCCGCUUCCACGUGGUGCUGGUAGACCCCCGGCGUGACAGUGAGCGCUUCGCCCACCAGAACUUCAAGUCCUUCAGCUUCCCAGAGACCCAAUUCAUGGCAGUGACGGCAUACCAGAACCACCGGAUCACCCAGUUAAAGAUCGCCAGCAAUCCCUUUGCCAAAGGGUUUCGGGACGGCGAGCCUGAGCCAUGGUAAGAAACCCCCCCUACUGCCACAGUGCCAUGGUGAUAGCCACAUCCUCAGCACUCCCCUGCCCUCCCUCUUGCAGGUGUGGCACCACGCUGUCCCUCCCCCAGGCCACCUCGCAGAACAAAGGUAGGGGGGCCAGAGGCCGUGCUGCCCCCCCACUGCUCCCCUGCAGCCAUGGAGCGCUGGCUGCUGUGGCACCCCCAGGUUUAUCUACACCCCACUUCCAGCCCCUCCCCUACCCACCCCACAGUGUCUACGUGGGGGCUAAGCCCCGUGCCAGCCCCUACCCCCUCCCUGCCCUGCAG